GUCAUUGCAUCCAGUAUCAAGUUCAGUCCCUUUUUCCUACUUGAAAGAGACUCACCUGUUUUCCUUCUGUGAUGCAUUGCUGGUCUUCAAUAUUCAGUUCCUUGGUAGUGCUACUCGUACUCCAGGGAGAAAGAGUGAAUGGACUGACAUGUUACACCUGCGUAGAGACUGCCAUGACUGGCAUGUGUAAUCAAGAGCACUUGAUGCCAACUCCCUGUCAGGGAAUUAAUCUUGGUGGAGAGAAAUGGUACUGUGUCACUGGAUACAACAUAGAAGGGAGAAUAGUGUAUGCAUCCUGCAUCCCAGCACACGAAGGUGGGUGUAGAAACAUAGAGUUAUUGGAGAUCUUCGGUGUGACCAAGGCAUGCCUCUGCGAUGAAGACCUGUGCAACAAACCCAGCACUGCCAUCCGUCCCACCCCUCCCAUCCCUACCACCACCCAACGCACGCCGCAUUUGACCAAGCCUUUGAAAGGACAAGGGCCCUCCUACCUCAUGCCUCCGCACCUCCUCCACCUCUCGGCCCUCUCCUUCCUCAUGGUCAUGUUUCACGGCAUGCAAUAACAUGAUUGACAGCUAUUUUCCACUGAUCUGGUUUCAAGUUUCAGUGCAGUACAGAACAAUAAAAGCUAUUGCAACCUA